AUGGCAAACACACAUGGUCAAGUCAUCUUUCCACCCAGCUGCUCCAUCAUCUUCAUCUUCCUGCAGCUCCUGUCCUGCGGCAUCCCUGCAAAUGGGAAAGCUGAUUUCUCUGUCUUUGGGCCUGGCGAGCCUGUUCUGGCUGUGCUCGGGGGAAAUGUGGGGCUACCAUGUCAUCUGUCCCUCAAUAUCAGUGCCAAGGACAUGGAGCUGCAGUGGUACAGGGAUCAGCCAUCCCAAGUUGUGCACCUGCACAAGAAUGGGAUGGACGUGAAGGAAGAACAGAUGAGGGAGUACCAGGGAAGGACCACCUUCCUGAGCGCUGGGCUGGACCAGGGACAGGCCGCAGUGAGGAUAAACGGUGUCACAGUUUUUGAUAACGGAACCUUCCACUGCAACUUCAAAGACGGCAUCAUGUCGGCAGAGGCCAGGCUGUGGCUGAUGGUGGCAGGGCUUGGCUCGAAGCCUAGACUCCGAGUACAAGUUAUCCAGGGUGAAGGUGUCUGGGCACAAUGCACCUCGCAGGGCUGGUAUCCAGAGCCCCGGGUGGAGUGGAGAGACUUUAGAGACCAGCUCCUACCUUCUGCGACCUACUUCUCAGCCUCACCAACAACAGGCCUCUUCUCAGUGGUGUCCAAUGUGACCAUCCAGGAUGAGGUUGUGGGGAACUUCUCCUGCUCCAUCUACAGCCCCCUCCUCCAGAGGAAGAAAAUGGCCAACCAUCACUUGCCCCCUCUGUUUUCCAGAAGUUCCCCGUCAAUGGCAUGGAGGACGGUGCUACCUCUGAUCCUCACUGUGGCAGGGCUUGCCACAGCUGGAGCCACCUGUCUCUUCCAGAAAUGUCAGAAGGACAGGAAUAUGGUGCAGCUGGAAGAAGAGACACUGUAUAGAGCAGAGGAUCAGCACUUCCAAGGCUGGACAAAGGACAAGGUCAUCCAUGUGAGCCCAUCCCUGGACCCUGAUACCGCAAGCCCCAAACUCGCCCUGUCUGAGGAUGGGAAGAGUGUGAGGCGGCUGUUCUUUGACCAGGAACUGCCAGAUGUCCCCAGCAGAUUUGACCAGGAUCCCUGUGUACUGGCCCGGGAGAAGUUCUCUGCUGGGCGGUAUUACUGGGAGGUCCAGGUGGGGCACAGGAAGGCCUGGAAUGUUGGCGUGUGUCUGGAGAGCUUGGAUCGGAAGGGAAGGAUCCCCAAGGCCCCCCAGCAUGGACUCUGGACCCUGGAGCUCUACAAGAAGACGUUGUGGGCCCUCGCCUUCCCAAGGGUUCGCCUGUACCCUUCAGGGCCCCUGCAUCAGGUGGGCAUUCUCCUGGACUGUGAUGCUGGCACAGUCUCCUUCUACAACAUGGGCAAUGGAUCUCUCAUCUACACAUUCUUUGGACUCUCCUCAGAGCCCCUGAGGCCAUUCUUCUGCCUCUGGACACACGACACCAUCCCCCUGAUCAUCUCAGAUUUUGAGGCCCCAGAGGCCUUGGGGCCUCCUCAGAACCAGGGAGAGAAGAGGGUGGGGACCCUCCUCCAACAAGACCCGUGA